AUGUCGCUUGACAAAGUGACAGCUGGCACCGGUGGAAGCUCGUCUUCCAAACCAGCACGCCCCGUGCGUUCGCACAAGGUGGUGUUCCUGGGCCAGUGCGGCACUGGUAAGACAGCACUCAUCCGGCAAUUCGUGCACAGGACGUUCGACCAGAACUACUCAGCCACAAUCGGCAUGGACUUCGUUGGCAAGCUGCUCUCCCUCGAGGGCCGGCAGCUCCGCCUGCAGCUGUGGGAUACCGCUGGUCAAGAGAGGUUCCGAGCGUUGAUGCCCAGCUACUUACGAGACAGCUCGGCAUGCGUUGUCGUGUACGAUGUCACAUCGAAAGAGUCGUUCGACAGCAUUCGCAGCUGGGUGGAGUUGGCGCUGGAGGGCCGAUCCCGCCGGGAUUUGUUGCUGGUGCUUGUGGGAAACAAGAUCGACCUGGAGGCGCAAAGGUGUGUGCAGCGCGCUGAGGGGGAGACGUUGGCCAAGGACUUGAGCAUGAUGUUCUUCGAGGCAACCGCGAAAGAUGCCAGUCUUGUGGAUGCCGUUUUUCAUGGCCUGGCAGAAGGCUUGACGUCCGAGCAUCAUAAGCCAGAGUCCGACGACGAGAUUGUGCUCACAAUGCAGCCUCGAAGAAGAGAGGCUCACGAUCGGAACAAGAAAUGCUGUUGA